AGGGAGGGAAGGCGCGGGGGAGGGACCCCGCGGCCGCGCCCGCCCCUCUCUCCCCCCGCCCGCCCCUUCCCCUCCCUCCCGCCCUCCCUCCCGCGUCUGUCGCGUCGCUCGGGCCCGGCCCGGCCCGGCCCCGGCGCCUCUCAUUGUGCUUCGCCUCACGCCGGCCCAAGAUGGCGGCGGCGCCCGAGAGCCCCGCGAGCCGCCAACGACAAUAGAGGGAGGGCCGGGCCCCGCCGCCCCCCGCCCCGCGCCCGCCGCCCCUCCCGCCGCCCCCGCCGCCCCCCGCACCGCGCACACGCCCCCCGGCCCGGCCCGGCCGCCGCACCCCGCCCCGGCCGGCCCCUCUUAGCAUGGUGCGGGGCCGCCGCCGCCUCGUCCUCCGGCUGCCGACAUGGGCGAGAGGCUGGAGCUGCGGCUGAAGUCGCCCGUGGGAGCCGAGCCCGCCGUGUACCCGUGGCCGCUGCCCGUCUACGACAAACACCAUGAUGCUGCUCAUGAAAUUAUUGAGACCAUUCGGUGGGUCUGUGAAGAAAUCCCAGAUCUCAAGCUUGCCAUGGAAAACUACGUUUUAAUUGACUACGAUACCAAGAGCUUUGAGAGCAUGCAGAGACUGUGUGACAAGUACAACCGAGCCAUCGACAGCAUCCACCAGUUGUGGAAGGGGACGACGCAGCCCAUGAAGCUGAACACGCGUCCCUCCAACGGGCUGCUCCGGCACAUCCUGCAGCAGGUCUACAACCACUCGGUCACCGACCCCGAGAAACUCAACAACUACGAGCCCUUCUCCCCAGAGGUCUACGGAGAAACCUCCUUUGACUUGGUGGCCCAAAUGAUCGAUGAGAUCAAAAUGACAGAGGACGAUUUGUUCGUUGACUUGGGCAGUGGUGUGGGGCAGGUGGUGCUUCAAGUGGCUGCAGCCACGAACUGCAAACAUCACUAUGGAGUGGAGAAAGCUGAUAUUCCAGCCAAGUACGCCGAGACCAUGGACAGAGAGUUCAGAAAGUGGAUGAAGUGGUAUGGGAAAAAACAUGCAGAAUACACACUGGAAAGAGGUGACUUCCUCUCAGAAGAGUGGAGGGAGAGAAUUGCAAACACAAGUGUUAUUUUUGUGAAUAACUUUGCCUUUGGCCCUGAGGUGGAUCACCAGCUGAAGGAGCGCUUUGCAAACAUGAAGGAAGGUGGGAGAAUUGUGUCCUCAAAACCUUUUGCACCUCUAAAUUUUAGAAUUAACAGUCGAAACUUGAGUGAUAUUGGCACUAUAAUGAGAGUUGUGGAGCUGUCACCACUGAAAGGAUCCGUGUCCUGGACAGGGAAACCAGUCUCCUACUACCUGCAUACUAUAGACAGAACCAUACUUGAAAACUAUUUUUCUAGUCUCAAGAAUCCAAAACUCAGGGAGGAACAAGAGGCAGCUAGACGUCGUCAACAGAGAGAAAACAAGAGCAACACAACGACUCCAACCAAGGUUCAAGAAAACAAGGAUUCUGGUGCUGAGGAAGAAAAAGCUGCAGCAAACUCUGUCAAAAAGCCAUCUCCCUCCAAGGCAAGGAAGAAGAAGCUGAGCAAGAAAGGCAGGAAAAUGGCUGGGAGGAAACGGGGCCGCCCCAAGAAGAUGAACCCGGCGAGCACCGAGCGCAAGACCAAGAAGAACCAAACUGCACUAGAACUUCUGCACGCCCAGACUGUCUCCCAGACAUCUUCAUCCUCUCCUCAGGAUGCCUACAAGUCACCUCACAGCCCAUAUUACCAACUACCUCCUAAAGUACAGCGGCAUUCGUCCAACCAGCUCCUGGUGACUCCCACCCCGCCUGCACUACAGAAGCUGCUUGACUCUUUUAAGAUCCAGUACAUGCAGUUCAUGGCUUACAUGAAAACCCCUCAGUACAAAGCAAGUCUGCAACAGUUACUGGAGCAGGAAAAGGAGAAGAAUGCCCAGCUCCUGGGCACAGCACAGCAGUUGUUCACCCACUGCCAGGCCCAGAAAGAGGAAAUCAAAAGGCUCUUCCAGCAGAAGCUCGAUGAGUUGGGAGUGAAAGCUCUGACAUACAACGACCUGAUCCAGGCUCAGAAGGAAAUCUCUGCUCACAACCAGCAGCUGAAAGAACAGACCAAGCAGCUGGAGAAGGACAACAGUGAACUCAGGAACCAGAGCUUGCAGCUGCUGAAGGCUCGGUGUGAGGAGCUGAAGCUGGACUGGUCAACGUUGUCCCUGGAGAAUUUGCUGAAGGAGAAGCAGGCGUUGAAGAACCAGAUUUCUGAGAAGCAAAAGCACUGUUUGGAGCUGCAGAUCAGCAUCGUGGAGCUGGAGAAGAGCCAGCGGCAGCAGGAGCUGCUGCAGCUCAAGUCGUACACGCCGGCGGAGGAGCCCCUGGCCCAGCUGCACAGCAAAGGCCCCCUGGGCCGGGAGCCCGAGGCCGAGCACGGCAGGUUCCAGCUGGAGCUGGAGUGCUCCAAGUUCCCCCUGCCCCAGGUGAACGGGAUGAGCCCCGAGCUGUCCAUGAACGGCCACGCCACCCCCUACGAGCUGCAGCACCUGGGCCGCGCCUCGUCCAAGCAGAACACCCCCCAGUACCCCCCCUGCCACCUGGAGCACGACAUCGUGCCCUGCACCCCCAGCCACGGCAGGCAGAAGGCAGACAAGGUGACCAGCCUGGCCCUCCCUGACUACACCAGGUUUUCCCCAGCUAAAAUAGCACUAAGGAGACACUUGAACCAAGACCACGGAGUCAACGGGAAGGCGACGGCCAGUGAGAUACAGAGAGCUGAGCAUGUCAAAGAGAAUGGCCUUACAUACCCAAGCCCUGGAAUUGCAAAUGGCAUAAAGCUGAGUCCUCAGGAAACUCGGCCCUCUUCCCCAGUGGCCUUACCCAGUGCAGGAGAGAAGGUUUUGAGAGAGAGAACCUCUGUGAGUAAUGGAGAAACUAUCACCAGCCUCCCUAUCAGUAUUCCUCUGAGCACAGUGCAGCCCAAUAAACUCCCUGUUAGUAUCCCUCUGGCCAGCGUAGUCCUACCUAGCCGUGUUGAGAAGGUGAGAAGCACACCUAGCCCAGUUCAUCAGAGCAGAGACUCAGCAACACUUGAAAAGCAGAUUGGUGCUAGUUCUCAUAAUGGCAUAAGCAAUGCUGCUGGAAACAAGCCUCUGGCUUUGGCUACCUCAGGUUUUUCUUACUCUUCUGGCUCCGUGGCAGUCAAUGGAAAUCUUACAAACAGCCCAGCCCAUCUUAACCAUAGUGUUGAUCAGGCAGCUCUGGACGACUCUGGGAGUCUGUUUAACUCUGUAGGGUCUCGGAGUUCCACCCCACAACAUCCUUUGCUAAUGAUGCAGCCGAGGAACUCUGGGCAGAGCUCCCCUGCCCAGCAGCACUCGGCGAGCCCCAGGCUGGGUGCCCAGAGCCUGGGAGGGGUUUUGCAGUUUGCAGAUGCUCAGAAGAUCUUUGCCGAAGGAACAAAGGGGGACCUUCAGUCUGAUGCAGAUCCUGAGACCGAGGCCAAGAGAAGAAUCAUCUUUACAAUCUCUCCUAAUACAGGACAUGUAAAACAAUCCCCUCCCAGCAAGCACAGCCCUGUGCCCGCGGGCGCUCGGCUGGAGCUCGGCCAAGCCCACACCCAGGACGGGAAGAAGCGGGGCCGGAGGAAGAGAUCUGGGAAUCUCAGCGGGAGCUCCGGGGUCUCCCCGAAGCGCAAACCCCUCCCUGCUGUGUCUGGGCUCUUUACGCAGCCGUCGGGGUCACCCCUCAACAUCAACUCCAUGGUCAAUAACAUUAACCAGCCCUUAGAAAUAACAGCCAUUUCCUCUCCUGAAAACUCCCUGAAGAACUCUCCUGUUCCUUACCAGGACAAUGACCAGCCCCCCGUGCUGAAAAAGGAGAAGCCCCUCGUUCAGAGCAACGGUGUCCAUUACUCCCCCCUGACAUCGGAUGACGAGCAGGGCUCUGAGGAUGAGCACAAUAGCAGCAGAAUUGAGAGGAAAAUUGCAACAAUAUCAUUGGAAAGCAAAUCUCCCCAGAAGACUGUUGAAAAUGGCGGCAGCUUGAACGGGCGGAAACAAGCCCAGGGCAGCGAGAACAUGAACAGCAGCAAAUGGAAAUCCACCUUCUCCCCGAUCUCUGACAUCAACCUGACCAAAACCACGGACAGCCCCUUGCAGUCGGGCUCGGCCCUGAGCCAGAGCUCCCUGUUUGCCUUCCGGCCGCCCUCCGAGGAGAGCCUGGCCCUGGACGGGGCCAAGGCCGCGGCACACGCCAGGAAGGGCCUGGCCGUGCCCCCCGACGGGCUCAGCCCUGGCACCAACCCCUCCAACGGCUUCGCCUACAACGGGGGCCUCUCUGCCGAGCUGGGCCUGCACAACUUCAUGGACGGUGCUUCCCUCCCACACAAGGCUCCGGACGGGGCCGCUCCCAACUGCUCCCUGGGAUUCCCGUCCCAGCGGGGCAAGGACGUGGGAUCCGUGUCGGACACGAACCUGUUCCUGAACAAGAGGCAGCUGGAAGGGCUGGGCAGCUCCAAGGGGGAAGAGCUGAGUCGCUCUGGGGCCAAGGGCAAAGAGCUCGGCGAGCUGGGCGGCCGCGCGGGGGGUUCCUCGGAGAAGAGCUCCCUGCAGCACAACGGGAAGGUCGGCAAGGGAAGGGACCGAGAGGUGGAGUUUAAAAACGGCCACAACCUUUUCAUUUCUGCUGCUGUUUCGUCUGGUGGCCUUCUGAAUGGUAAAAGCCUUUCUACUGCUGUUUCUUCAGCAGGCAACCCAGCAUCUUCUGUUCCGACCCACCACCCCUUCCUCAACACUCUGACCACUGGAUCGCAGUUCCCCCUUGGCCCCAUGGCCUUGCAAGCAAACCUCAACUCGGUGACAAACUCCUCAGUAUUGCAGUCCUUAUUUAAUUCCAUGCCAGCUGCUGCCAGUCUGGUCCACGUGUCAUCAGCUGCAACCAGACUGACUAACUCUCACACUAUGGGGAACUUCUCUCCUGGGGUUACAGGUGGAACAGUUGGAGGUAUUUUUAACCACGCGGUGCCUUCUGCCUCCUCCUCUCAUCAGUUUGGAGCCAGUUUCAGCAGCAGUGCUGUCUCUAGCAGCACAGUGCUAAGCUUAAACCCUCUGCAGGCUGUUGCCAGCACCUCAUCCUCAUCCUUCCCACCCUCUGCCUCUAAUUUAGUAACAUCUAGCGAGACUAGAGCCGCUCAGCCCCUCAGCAGGGCGCCCGUGCAGCCCGUUUUCCACCCCCCUCCUAACGUUUCCUUGCCUCCCCCUCCUCCUUUGCUCGCUUCUAACCCCGAGCCCGCGCUCCUGCAGAACCUGCCAUCCCUCCCGGCUGGAGAAACAUUCCUGCCCUCCUCCUCCUCCUCCUCCUCCUCCUCCUCCUGUGCUGCUUCUGUCCAGUCUAACGCUUCUUUGUCUCUCAAACUCGCCUCCCUCCAGCACAAACCCUCCCGCCCCUCCUUCACCGUGCACCACCCGGCCGUGCCGCAGCCCGGCGCUGCCAUGUGGGUCACGCUGGGCGUGCAGCCCCCGCUGGCCUCGCACCUCCCGGCGGUGAAGCCGCGCUAAAGGGCCCGGCUCGAGCCGGCGGGGCUGCUCUGCAAGGUAACUAGGAUUUCUACCUCAACCCAAUGUGACCUAUGCAAGGACAACGUGGACCAACUUCACUCGGCUUCCACUGAAAGGUGCUCACCUGGCCUGUGCAGGGGUUUCUACUCUCUUACUACUGGACAAAAUAAAAACCAUAAAAAGACCUAAACAACAGAGCAAACAUUUACUGUGAAUCUGAGUUAAAAAAAAAAAAGAAAAAAAAAAGGAAAAAAAAAAAGAAAAAGGCAAAAGAAACGCUUAAAGCUCCAGUUUGUAUUGUUGAUAGUUUAGAUAAAGUAUUUAUCUUUUUUUAAAGUGAAAACAAUUUUGACUUAUUUUAUUCCACCUAGACUCAUAAACACAAGUUAUUAUUAAAUUCUCUGAAUACUAAAGGACUGGCACACCAGCAGAGAUGUAAAGAGCCUCCUCGGUGCUAUUUUGUCCGUCAGAACUGUGCCUCUAGUUUGAACCCUUGGUGCUGAUUUGGAGGGUUGACCAAUGCCAAACCCAGUUUUUGGGAAGGCCUACAGCUUAUUUAUUCCCCUGACUGUUCAUAUCCCAAAAUCCACCUGGUUGGCAGCAGAGUGACAGAGGAAGGACUUCUCCUCCCUGGGGGUGAUUUGGACUGAGCCAGGCGCUGCCAGCUGGGUGGGUUUGAGUUGUGUUCAUGGCAAAGAGCUCCAGGGCACAGUUGGAACAUGAGAAUUCCAAGUGCUGCCCCUUUCAAACUCCUCCCCUGGGCCAUGUGCUGGUGGCACUCAGGUCACUGUGAAUUUUGGUAGCUAAGUCUGGUCGCUCCCUUUGGGCCUGUGAACAGGGUGUGUGAUCACUGGUGUUGGUCCAGCCCUUUUCCCAGCCCUGGGAAUUCUGAACGUUGUGCUUCUGUCCUGCUGCAGGUGGCAGAUUUCCCCGGCUUGCUGGUUUUGUUCCAAGUGUUUUGUUGGUAGAGUUUUGAUACUUGACUCUGAGCUGGCUUAGCCCUGUACAUUUGUUGACCAAGUGCAUUUUGCUUUUGUGUUCCUCUGCUUUCAGUAGGUCUUAACUGGUAGUUCACAAAAACACCCUGCUCUGUCUGGCUGUGCUGCCACUGUCCCAUGGGGGCAGGGGGUUGUGUCGUGACUCGUGUACAGAAAGAGCCUCCAAAAGGCUGAUUUUAUGGAGAUGUGAUGGAAACUUAAGGAUUUCCUAUAUUUUAUUUCACUUUUAGGUUGUACAAUGCACAGUGAACUUGUGAAAACUUAUUUAUUUGAGUGCACAAAGUGAGGGGAAGAGGAGGAUUCCAGUAGGAAUCAGGCUGGGCUGAGUUUACCUGGGCCAAGCACCACUAAAGGCAACUGCAGUGGAAGGGGGACUGUGAUGGGAAUGGCUGGAAAAAACACAUUGAGGCUUUGGUAAACACCUCCCUGCUGGCCCUGGUGCUCUGAGGGGCAGCAGUGGCUGCUCUGUGUCCUUAAAUCCCUCCUGGGGAGUCUCCCACCUCCAGCAGUCAGGCUUUGGCUGUGAGCACCCCAUGGAGCAUCCCGGGGUCACCAACAGCUGGAUAACUCCUGCCUUGGGAGGAGGGGAGGUCCCUCUGCCCUCCUGGGCUCUCCUGCUGCCUGGAUCCAGGAGCAGGGUUGGGAAUGCUGUGUUCCAAGAGCAAUCUUAGGAGAGAUUUGGGACCAAGUGCAGUUAUUUUGUUGAUUCCUGAGCGUGUGUUCCACGGGCAGCCUUUGUGAGCAAACUGGGGAUCUGACUUUGCUGCCUUAUUCCCUGGGAAGGGAUUGACAGCCCUGGGAACUGGGGACAUUUGGGAACGUUUUCUGUGCCAUGGGUGGGGCAGGACUGGGCAGUGGAGCUCCUGCUGAGGGACUGACAGGGCGGUGAAAGCCUGGGAAGGGCAGCAGAGCUCCGAGGGGAGAGUGAGGAACAUCCAGUAGCUUCUAGUGGAAGCCAAACACAGUGUCCUGGAAUCCAGGAGGACAAUGUAACCCAGAUGUUUUGCAGCUGGGAGUUGGGCAGCUCCAGCUUUUUUCCCAGCCCAGGGCAGAGUGCUGGGGCCUCUGGAGGCUUUAACUGAGUGAUUAGUGGAGGGACAGCGGCCUUAAUUAGCGACACCUCCCCCAUUGUUUGUUCCUCCGGUGAGAGAAGAGGAAAGACAAGGAGAAGGUUUUCAUCACCCUGAUUCCAUCAGCUCCCUGCCUGCAGAGGGACCAGGAUAUGGUGCUCCUUGGACCUGCUGUGCCCCCUUCACCCCAAAGCACAGAGAUCAGCAGGAGAACUCUGCCCCCCAUGUGUGCUGUGCAGGGAGAGCUCGGGGCGUUCCCGGGACACGUGUGGAGAUGCUGCUGGAGAAGGAACCAGUCCAGAGUCCCUGCAGAACCCCCCGUGCUUUCCAGCACUGCUGUAACCCUGUAUUGCCCUGGCACUCCUUGGGUGCUGAGCAUGGACAGAUCCUUGCUGUGGGAAUGGCCCUCCCUGCCCUGAUGUUCACAGCAUUCCAGGAGCUGCUGUCUGGGAGCAGGAUGGACAUGGAGCAGUGGUGGCCUUGGCAGUGGCUCUUCACAGCUGGACUCUGUGAUCUCAAAGCUCUUUUCCAACCUCAGUGAUUCCAUGAUUCCACAACCCUGAGUUUGCCCUCUGCUCUCCAGUGGGUGCUGUGGGAAGGGCAUCCCCCUGUCCCCCGGUGUCCCCUGUGCCAGGGGGCUGUGGAUCAGCAGUGGAAUGGGCAGCACAACCCCCUGGAGCUCAGCACAGGGUGUUACUGGGCCACUGCCAACCCCCCAGUGCCCUGAAGUUGGUGAGUCUCCAGAAUCAUCCAGGAAGGCCCAAGGAAAGCAGACCUGAUUGACGUGUCUUGGGAUGUGCUGGAAGGGGAUCCAGCCUGGCUGAGCCUCAGCCUUCACCUACCUCUGCACCCCCCUGCUGCCAUGGCAGUGCUGGGUCUGUCCUGGCAGCCCCUGAUGGAAUCUGGAGCUGCUCUGGCUUCACCAGGGUCUUCCCCCACACCCGGCACCUUCCCUGUGCCAUGGACCUGGUCCUGAUCCCCGGGAUGUGCUUCCAGAGGGGGCCUGGAGACCUGGUGCCUGCAGAGCAGAGCUGAGGUGGGAAGCCAGGAGAGCAGGUUUUGAUGUCUCAGUGCUGUGUGAGCUGGGAGAUGUUGUAGCCAAGAGAUUCCUGGUUUUGUCUUCCCCCUCCCUGAUGUUUUAUGGCUUUGCAAGUUCAACUCAGCAUCCUGGAAUCCUGAGUUGGAAGUGACCCACAGGGAUCAUCGAGUCCAAGCCCUGGCCAGCUUGUUUCUCCUCUGAAAACUGGGAAGAGCUUUUCCCUGGCUGAAGGAAGAGCUUUGAGCUGCUGGGAUCUCAUCCAUGUGGCUCCAGGCCCACGACCCCCUGACCCCACUGUCCGAGCACUGAGCCCGAGCCUGAAACCUGUUUGCAAUAAUUGAAGAUACUCUGGAGUGAUCAAAGCCAAAAGAAAAGAAUUCCUUCUGUGUUACCACAUCCUGCCUGUGCUGGGUCCAGUCAUUCCGGGGCUGUCACACACGUCCCCUCUCCUCCACACCACUGCUGCCAGCCAGGGGCUCGGCAGGAAGCUGAAAUGCAUCGUUGCCAGAAAAAAAAAAUGGAACUUCCUGAGUGCUGUGCUGAGGAAAACCUGUCCCUGCUGCUCAAUGUCAGCCUUGAGGAACAAGCUCUUCCUUUUUUGGGGAUUUGCUACCUCUGGCUCACUGGUCCCAGUCCCCUGGGACCCCCCCCAUUCCAUCCUGGGAGGGUUCCAAAGGCACCUGGACUCGGGAUCUGCUGCAGAUCAGUCACUCAGCAGCAAUCCUUCCACUAUCCAGGGGUGUGGAGGCACCCACAGCUGGAAUGCUGAGGGAGAGAGUGGGAAAACACUGCUGGAGGAUGGAGAGGUUCGUGCUGCUGGAUCCGAGCUGGUGUGUGGGAUAACGGGGAUAUUGAGGUGUCCCACCAUCACCUCGUGCUGCAAAGGAGGCUGUUGCCUUUAGGAAAAGUGUGGAUCAGUCUGGACAAGCAGUGCUGGGAACAUCUUCACCUCUCAGUGUGAUGGAUGCAGUAGGAGAGAGGAGCAGGGGAGCCGCAAAUCCUCCCUGUGCGGGACAUUCUGGGCUGGGCAGCAGCUCCAGCUGCUCCUUCUGUCAGCAGGAACUUGUGUCUCCCUGAGCAGACAGAUCAGAAGGACUUUCUUGUGCUUCCAUCUCAUUUCCUUCCUUCCUGGUGGUGACAGCCCUUCAUCUGUCAGUGCCUGGUUUGUGCUGCCCCUGCUCUGGGCUGGGUUUGGCCCCGGGCUCCGCCUGGGAUGGGGAGCUGGAUCCCCCUGUGCCAGGAAUCCCUGUGGGAUGGAGAGCUCGUAGGGUCUCCCUCUGUGAUCCACAGUGGCUGAAGCCCCCAGGCAGGAGGGUUCCAUCACUUGCUCAUGAGCAGAUCUGCUCAUCACUUUUUGAAUCUGGAGAUUCCAAAUCCCCAGGACUUGAUGCCCAGCCUGGAGCUCUCCCAGCUCUGGGUCCCGCUCGGUUCAGGUGCUGAGUCUCUUCUUUCUUCAGUCAGGACUUGAGGAAGUAACUUGUGCAGUUGUACCCUGGCAGUACAGAGGUCUCCAGCUUGAUCAGCUCUUCCAUCACAUCUGGAAACAUCUGCACUCCAGAGCUGCUGGGCCUGGGCAGGGCUGGCUGGGGGGUGUCCCUGCCCUCACCCUGGGAGGGUUUCCUUCUGAGAGGUGUGUUGGGGACAGUUCUUUAACCUCCUUCUUUGAGGCUUGGACUGGGUGACCUUUAGAGGUCAUUCCCAACCCAGCCUGUCCCGUGAUUCCCUGUGCAGACAGAUCUGGGAUGGUCUCCUUGGCUUGGAAGGGGAUGGGAGGAGGUGGAGCCAGACCUGCCUCCCCUGCUCCUGCAGAGCCACCCCAAGGGUGCUCCACACCACAGUGGAUUCACUCCCUGUGCUCAUCCUGUUCCAUCUCAUCCCAGCCUUCUCUUGGAAGAGCCUGGAUCUUCCUGCACUGCUGGGCUGCCCCUGCCAGGGGAAGGUGGAAUUUUCCUUUACUGUGGAAUAAUGAGCCAUGGACAGGUGGCCUCCAGGGCCUGUGUGGUUUGGUUCCUGCUGGGACUGUGUGUUUAGAAAGCAGCAUCUGCUCCCCUUUCCUGCUGUUUUUCCACUUGGAACGAGUCCAGGCAGAGGAAAAGCUGAGGGAUUGGGUGACAGGGAGAGUCCCUGGGGUGCAGAGGGAACUCCUGGCUCUGGCUCAGGUGGGACACACACUCAGGGCCAGCAAGUGCUUCCAGCUCCCCAAGUUCCCCCAGAGCCCCCCCAUGGGAUCUGUGGGACCUGUGCCCUUGGGAUGCUCCUGCUUCCCUGCCCUGCUCCUGCUUCCCUGCCCUGCUCCUGCCCAUUGCUGGAGGAGAUUCCCAGUGCUGGGAGUUUGUUCUCCAGCUGCUGAUGGUGAUUCCUGUCCUGGCCCUUCCUUCCCUCCUUGGCCGGGUCUGGAGCUGGUGCUGAGCUGGGAACAGGGGUCACUGUCCCCACGGAGCCAGUGGGUGCUGCUCAUGGAAUCCCUUGGGAUUGGGUGCUUUGUCCUGGUGCUGAUGCCAAGGUGGCUUUGGUUGGUCACGUCCUGCAGAACCCGUUUAUUCUGGUGCUGAAACUCGCCCUUUCCCCGGGGGAUUCUCCACGUUGGUUUUUCUUGGAUAACUCCACCUUGGAGUUCUCCCAACUCCCGUGAGUGGCUGUGCUGGAAAAUUCUGCUUUUGUUGUUGUUUUGCCUGAGCCAAAAGCACAGAGAGGAGUCAGGACUGGGAGCUCCAGGCUCUGGUGCCUCUGGAGCAGGGGAGGACGUUGGACAAGGCUGUGAACCCUCAAUGUUGGAAAAUCAUUCUGGGGAGCAGAAACCAGACAGUGUUUUUGUGAACUAUCUUUGCAGCACUGAGGAAAAACUCCCAGGAGUUGGAGUUUUGGGAGCACAGAUGUGCAGUCGGUGAACGAGGAUUUGAAGUUUUACUGGUUUUAAAGAGGUUUUUUUCCUUCCUUUUUUUUGCUCCAUUUCUGUAGUUUGUGGAUCAGGUUUUCACUAAAAGCUGGAGAACCAGUUUCAAAAUGUUGUUGUGCCAUAUUUUAUUUAUCCUUAUGCGUUAUAAAUAUAUAAAUAUCUAUUUAGACUGAAUAUUGCAUUAAAAGAUGCUGUUUUUGAGAACUUCAGGGUUUAAACCCGAGACAAAAAAAAAAUGGGAGAUACUUCUGCAGUACUUUUGCUGUUUGGGACCUUCUUCCUGAAGAGACUCCCUAAGUUUUUUAUGGUGUAAAAACAAAAUCACACCCUGAAAUUCCAAGCUGGGAGAUGCUGACCCUGAAGUUCUCAGGUUUGUGGUCCUUUGGUUUUCUCAAGGUACAUCUGGUUGCUUUUCUGGUGCAGUCAAAUAAUUUUUUAAAAGGUCUCAUCUCUGGAGUUAUUGAGGAACAGGUGGAAUGGGUUGGUCCAUCCUGCUUGGCUUUUUUAACCUAUUAAUCUUUGAAGUGAUCGAUUUUUUCCAAUUAAAACCCAACUCUUUAGGUCUCUGUUCUACUUAAACUUUUUAGGAGUGAGAACCUGCCCUCGCUGAGUGGGACUUGGAUGGGGAAAGCAGUAGAGGAUGAGGUUGCUGUUGCUCAGGAAUUGAUUAGUAAACUUUUAACUACUAAUAAAAGUCCAUUUCCCAAUGGAUUUUUUGAAAAACCCAUUUUCUUAGGACAGUGAUAUGGGAUGUUUCCUAGUGAAUAGGAAUUAGUUUAUAUAAUUUAGCCUAUUAAACUGAAUUAUUUAAAAUUCAAACUUCCCCUAAUUUAUCUUCUUUUUUUUGGAUUUUUUUUAAUUUUAUUUUAUUUUAUACUGGUAAGUUGUCCUGUCAUUCCUUUCAUUCCUCCAUAGAAAUAGUGUGAAUUCUGCUGUGUAUAUAUGUAUGUAUAAUAUAUAUAUUUCCACCCUGCCUUUCUAAUUCUCCACAAUGUAAGAGUUAGUUUUUGCUCCCCUCCCUCCACUUAAUUUCUUGUGUCUCUCCCUUGAUUUGUAAUUGAAACAAUGCUUUGAAGUUUUGUCUUUAUAUUAAAGUGUCUGUAUUUUAAUA